CUACAGUAGCAACGAAAACGCGUUAUAUGUAUGGUUCUAAGCUAUUUUUUUAUUUAAUCUAAUUAAUUUAAUUUUUAUAAGAUUUUUGGCGCGGAGAUGUACACUGGCUCAGUGCUUAUUACACGUUGAAAACGUGCUUUAACCAUAGAGAAACUGGCAUUUCGAACUGGCAAAACUACAGUAGCAACGAAAACGCGUUAUAUGUAUGGUUCUAAGCUAUUUUUUUUAUUUAAUCUAAUUAAUUACAUUUUUAUAAGAUUUUUGGCGCGGACAUGUACACUGGCUCAGUGCUUAUUUUACAUACGGGAAGUUUCCGUAGCCACAGUGUUCAUUCGUAAACAGGGCUUGAAGAGCAGACGGUUAUGCUAGUUGUCCUUUGGCACAUGGCGUUCAAGUUAAUUAAUGGAAGUUUAGGGCAAAGGUAAGAAUUACAAUCCUGUUUUUGUUUGUUUUAAAAAAUAUAAUGUCGACGGUCAGUCUAUUUUAUAUAGGAGUUUUGUGAGAAUUACUGUGGUUGUUGCCUCGUUCUAAACUUUUCAUAUUCUGUGUGAUAUCAAUUUCAUUGUCCUCUUGAUAAUGUACGGUUACAACUUCAAUUUUUUGUCAGUUUAAGUAGUAAAUGUAUAUUAUAACUAUAAAAUAUGUAAUUUUUGAGACUAUAUGUUAUAAUGACGCACCAAUUAAUUUUAAGCCAGUUUAAAACAUGCUGUAUCUUAUCUUUAAUUUGAUGAAUUUUGUUAGUGAAAACUAACAUUUAAUAGUAACAAAAACGCUUUAUGUCUUGUACGUGUAUGGCUAUUUGCUGUUUUUUAAUCGAGCUAAUUUAAUUUGAUUAAUUUUGGCGCGGAGAUGUACACCGGUUCAGUGUUUAUUUUACAUACGGGAAGUUUCCGUCCUCACAGUGUUCAUUUGUAAACCGGGGCUGAAGCAGAGCAGACGGUUAUGAAAGUUAAAGAAAGACUUUACGUUACAAUCCUGUUAUUUUUGAUAUUAUAAAUAAUGACAGUCAAAAAGGACUCCUUUGUGAUUUUUAGUAUGUUUGAAAGUUCCGCUUCCGAGUCUGUAGUAAGUUACGUGUAUAACGGUAAAACUGAUUAAAAAGUAAUUAAAAAGGUAUAAUUCCAAAGCACUAUUUGUGAGUGUGGGUAAAUUGGCCAUUUUCUUGCACAUGUGGAGGUACAAUAGUAAUGCUUCUAGUCAGGGUAAUCGAAAUCUUGAAAUUUAAGGAACAUUAACCAUAAUUUAACCUUUUUGAAAUGCCAGCUUUGAGGUAAUUAAAGUCACGUGUAAAUGUAAUGUGUGUCAACAUACAAGUAAUUCAGUAGCUCGUCAAAGCAGCAUACCACAACCUUUUAGUGUAUAUGCCUUGUUUCUAAUGUUUAUUUUUGUUUUAAAGCAAGUAAUCGAAGUGACCGACAGAAUGCUGUUUAAAGUGCAGUACCAACAUCAUAAAAAGUACAUAAAUCAUAAUGGAUCAGCAUAUGAUGACUUGAUUAAGGAUGUCAAGCAAAAAUUUGGGAUCUCUCCAGAUCAUAACAUCUAUUUAGCCGACGAGACUGGAACAGAAGUAGAUGAAGAUGUUUUUGCAGACAUUAUUGAGCAAAAGCCUGACACUCUUUGGACGAUAGUUGAUGCUGUGGCUAUUACAGAUCCUCCUGCCAACAUAACCUCUCCAUCUGCAAACGAGACUGAAACGCUGUCACUUCAUUCAGUUGCAUCUUCAUCAGACACACAGCCAUCAGACAGCGACGGUCCUUUCCUCUCACCUAAAAGAGCUCGUUCUGUUGACCAUUCACAAGAAGCUAAGGAGCUUGUGAAAAGUGUUUUAGAAAAAAAGCCUGCAGGAGAGAAGAUAUUUCAGGAAUACAGAAAAACAGGGAAAAUCACAGAUUCCACAAGACGAAUUCUUGUUAAUGCACUGGUUGGAGACAUGAUUGAUAAACAUGGGUGUAUUCCACCUAAGGAGGUCAGGGUUAAAUAUGCAGUUGGGAUUGUGACACUGUUCCCCUCCCUCAAGGAUCCUUAUUCUAGACAAGGCUAUGAACACUUCUACGAUGCAGAAGGUAAUUCGGGGUACAUAGCCUGGAGACUUAAAACGGUUCAACGUAACAACCGCUGCAGCAGGACCACUACUUCAGAGGCCACUUGUGAAAGAAGGGGACCUGGAACUCAAAGAGCAUUUUUUACAUCAGAAAUGCAGCUGGAGGGAGAUCGUUGUCAAGAAGCUAUUUCAUUUCUGAAACACUGUUUGGAUCCAGAGCAAGUGGCUGCAAAGAUGAAAUCUACCUUUCAGUAUCGCCAGAAAAUGAUCCAUGAUCCUGAAAAGUCAUCCUCUGUUAUUUCUUUAUUUCCGAGGUUUCUUGACACAAAAGGACUGGUGCUGCAAGACUUUGAGUUAUUGUUUGGAGUGGAGACUGCAUCUAAGCUUCUGGAGAAGUGGGACUCUUGUCUGAAACAAAAAGUCAUUCAAGAAGCCAAAGCCCUGACCCAGUCACUGCAUCUGAGUUGUCUGAUUCAGUCGGCAGAACUGCAAUGCAACACCAGUCAUGGAGCUACAGAUUGGGACAGUGAGAUGUCGUCCCUCUUAUUGCUGGUGUAUCUCCUACCACCACCUUCUAGUGGAAAUAAGAAGGUUGUCAAGAUCAGUGUGCGUGAAGCUGUAGACCGUGUAGUAAAAUUUCAUAAGUCCUGUUGCAGUUUUGAAGAAGUUCUUGGAUCAACACAGACAACACAGCCCUACAUCUUGGCAGUUGGGACUUCGAAGAGUAGCAUCCAUGAGUACUACAUUGUGUUGGAUGGGCAGCUCAUUCCCUGCAUGGCUAAGUCCUCUCUCUCAGCCUUUGAUGAACUUUUCAAAACUCAUUAUGUGUUUGGCAUUUCAUAUGAUGCUGCUUUGCACAAUAUGUUUACCUUUCUUCAAACAACCAUCUACAACAUUGAUGUAGGCAUUACCCAUGAAAGCCCUCGAAUCGGAGAUCUUCGGGCCAAGGUUCUUAAUUAAGUACUGUUGCAAAGUUUUCUUGAGAAGAUGUUUAGGUGCUUUGUUUGCAAAUUAAGUUCUAGAACAGUUACCGAGUUAAUUCGCCAUCUCAAGUUUUCUCAUGCUUUUUAUCCUGGCAGAAGGUUACAGUUGGUAUGCGAUCAGGAUGGGUGUUGUCAAAAAUUUGUUACCUUUUCUGGCUUUAGAAAACAUAUCCAAACAAGGCACAACAGUAGAAUAUCUGAAAUGCUGUCAUUAGAACCUCCCUCUAAUCCCUCUGUCAUGCAGUCAUCCAGCAUAUUUUCAGAAAGUCCAGGAACAUCUUUAAGUGCCCAUGAGAGAACAUCACGAACCCAAGAAAUGUGUGCAUCACUAAUUGCAAAACUGCAGAGUAGUGGAGUAGCUACCAAUGUAAUUACAUCAGUGGCUGAAAAUAUGGAGGAACUUAUUUAUGAAAUGCACUCGAACAUUAAAGAAGGUGUUGUUCAGUUGCUUGAAACUAAUGAGCAAAGGGAAGGUGUUGAAGAAUAUUUUGACAAUCUUGAGAAUCCCUUCUCUAAAUUCACAACAGAGACUCGAUGGAAAAAAUACUUUUUUGAGACCUGGGGGGUUGUAGAACCAGUUGAAAUCCCUUUAGGAGUGAGAUAUGACACUAGACGAAAUACAACUACAGGAACAUACGACCAAGUUCCAGUCACUGAUAAAUUUAUUUAUGUCCCUUUAUUACAGACUUUAAAUUUCAUGUUCAGAAACGAAGAAAUCCAUAAACAUUUUGUACAGCAAAGUGAGGAAAGAGACAUUUUAAGAGAGUUCUGUGAUGGCAGCUAUUUUAAAGAGCAUCCUCUCUUUUCCAAAGAAAACAACUCUCUUCAAAUACAACUUUUUUAUGAUGACUUUGAAACCUCAAAUCCUCUGGGCUCCAAACAUGGCAUCCAUAAGGUUGGAAGUAUGUAUUUUGUCUUGAGAAACCUAUCUCCUAAGGUUAACUCGGCCCUUAUGAAUAUUCAUCUUUUGGCACUUUUUCACACACAAGAUGUCAAGAAGUAUGGCUUCAGUGCCAUCUUGGAGCCUAUUGUGCGUGAUAUUAAAAUUCUUGAGAGCUCUGGAAUUAAGUUGCCAGUCUCUGAUGAACCAGUACGUGGAACAAUAGCUCAGGUAACUGGUGAUAAUUUGGGAAUGCACACACUUUUUGGGUUUUUAGAAUCAUUUAGUGCAAACUAUUUUUGCCGGUUUUGUCUUAUUGAUAAGCUUUCUUCUCAGAGUAUUUUUUGUGAUGACCAUCCGGACGUAGUAUUGCGUGACAAAGUUCUACACGAUGAGCACUGUCAAAGCCUUCUUUCUGAUGCUGGCCUGCAGUCAUCAUUUGGUGUCAAAAGACCAUGUUUACUCAAUGAGCUGCAGUAUUUUAAUAUUUCUGACAAUUAUGCAGUGGAUAUCAUGCAUGACAUAUUAGAGGGAGUGGCACAGUUGGAGAUAAAGUUGCUUUUUGAGUAUUUGUCUGACAGCAAUGUUGUGUCUUUACAGGCUGCAAGCAAUAGAAUUUACUCGUUUAACUAUGGUUAUGUUGAACGUAAAAACCGACCUACUAUGCUUAGAUUUGAACAAGCUGGAAAUGGGGUGGGUCUCAAUGCCAUCCAGACAUUUUGCCUGAUUAGAAAUUUGCCUCUAAUUUUUGGAGAUCUGGUUGAACCAGAAAAUAAACACUGGAGCUUACUGCUUCUUUUACUACAGAUAAUAAAUAUUGUGUUUUCUCCGGUCAUCUCGGAUGGAAUGACUGUUUAUCUGAAAUAUUUGAUCUGUGAACACCACACCCUGUUCAAAGAGCUCUAUUCAAGAAGUCUUACUCCUAAGCAUCACUUCAUGGUUCAUUAUCCCAGAUGCAUCAGGAAGAUAGGGCCACUUGUUCAUGUUUGGGGGAUGCGUUUCGAAGCAAAACAUCGCUUUUUUAAAAAAAGUAUUAAAAAUUUCAAAAAUAUUACUAAGUCAUUAGCUCUAAAACAUCAGAUGUCUAUUGCAUACCACUGGGAAUCUCAGCCAUUUAAGUGUAUUGAGUGUGGACCUGUAUCAAGCGUUCAGCUUUGUAGCCUGUUAAACUGUGAAUUGAUUGCAGAAAAACUGCAAAUCGACAUUGAUUGUUAUGUUGAUCUUUUUACUUGGAUUUCUUGUUUUGGGACAGAAUACCGUUCAGGUCUUCUUGUUUGUUCAGAUAUGAAAGAUGAUCUUCCUGUCUUCAGUAAGAUUACUGAUAUAAUUGGAUUUGAUGGUCAACAUUUUUUGUUGACUUGUGAUUUUGAGACUUUAUGCUUUGUUGAACAUCUACACUCAUUUCAAGUCCAAGAGGGGCUUUGUAGGAAUGUCUCUAUUUUGAAUGUGGAAACCUUGCGUUUCUUUAAGCCGUUUGACCUUCAAACAUCUUAUGGAUUUCAGCAAAAUGACCUUUAUAUUGUUCCUAUACAUGUUUUUAUAUAAAGGCCUUCAUUUUAGACAGUGCUUUUGUGCUCCGGUCUUGUUUGGAUGUACCUUUUUAAGUAAAGUUGUAGACCUUCACAAAUCUUAAUCCCUCUACAGUUUUAUAUAUGUUGAAAAUGUGAAAUUGCACACAAAACAUGGACAGUCAUAUAAAAUGAAUUAACUUUAAUGCUUUGUUGAACUAAUGUGUUUGUUCCCAGUAUUUAGUAAACAUGCUGUACUGAAUGUAUUUGUGAAAACCAGUUACAAACUGAUUCUUGGAAAAAAAUAAAUAUUGAUUGUUUUAAAAA